AAUUGCACAAAGAUAAAGAAGAAGAAUAGUUGCCGCUUGUGUGGAAAAUAUUAAUAAAUAUUUAAGAAAAUACAUAUAAAAUAACAAUAUUAUUCUUCUAAAAUGGCCGCAGGUCCCAUUGCCGAACGUAAUCAAGAUGCCACAAUCUAUGUCGGCGGAUUGGACGACAAAGUAUCCGAAACAUUGCUCUGGGAGCUGUUUGUGCAGGCCGGUCCAGUUGUUAUUGUGCACAUGCCAAAGGAUCGCGUCACACAAAUGCAUCAGGGAUAUGGUUUCGUGGAAUUCCUAAGCGAGGAGGACGCCGACUAUGCUAUUAAAAUUAUGAACAUGAUCAAGCUAUAUGGCAAGCCUAUACGCGUGAAUAAGGCAUCGGCGCAUCAAAAGAAUCUGGAUGUUGGCGCUAAUAUAUUCAUUGGCAAUUUAGAUCUAGAGGUGGACGAGAAACUCCUGUACGAUACAUUCUCUGCCUUUGGCGUUAUACUUCAAACACCAAAAAUUAUGCGUGAUCCCGAAACGGGCAACUCUAGAGGUUUUGCGUUCAUAAAUUUCGCCAGUUUCGAGGCUAGUGACGCUGCCAUGGACGCCAUGAACGGACAAUAUCUUUGCAAUCGUCCAAUUUCGGUUUCCUAUGCCUUUAAAAAGGAUUCCAAGGGCGAACGCCACGGCUCUGCUGCAGAACGUUUACUGGCUGCCCAGAAUCCCUCGGCACACGCAGAUCGUCCACAUCAGCUGUUCGCCGAUGCGCCUGUACAGAAUAUAAUGCCGGUUAUGCCUGGUCAAAUGAUACCGCCACCCUUGAUGGCACCACCACCGCCAGUGGUGCCUGUCUCAAAUCAAAAUUUAAACAUGAUAGCACCGCCACCGCCCGUGCCGCAGCCUACUCCAUUUCCAGCAACGAUACCACCACCGCCAUUGCCGCCAAUGGGGGGCGGACAACCACCACUGCCUCCGACGAUGGGCAUCCCACCACCACCACGCAUGCUGCAGCCACCAAACGCUUGGGCACCACCCGGCAUUCCCGCGCCACCACCACGCCCGCCACAAGCCAAUUGGCGUCCACCACCUGUGCCAUUCGCGCCGGCCCCUUUUGCACGCCCCUACCAGCCAGAUGGCUAUCAGUACUAAUGUAACUAUAAGAAAUGUACAAGUCGUAGUUAUAGCAAUUUAGACGAGCUAAUAAAAUACACAAUACAUUUUAUAAA